AUGCAGGAAAUCAUUACACUAUCGAAGAAAACAGAAGCAAAUUCCUUUCCGCACUUAGAGAGUAGAACCAGAGAUAUAAAAAGUGCAUAUGCCGCGAUACGAGGGUUGCCCUACGUCAAUGAAGAGGGGAUUGAAGUGGGAUCUCCACUUAACGGUUCUCACUGUGGUAGCGUCGAUAGGAGGCAAAGCCAUUCUUCAGUUAAAUGUAUUAUGCACUUAGCCGUGCUCGCCGCGCACCGCACCUUGCUGCGCGGAAAAAGUCGGACGACAAAGCUCAAAGUGUCUAAUGACAGCUCGACUACGGUCGGCGCGGUCGCGGCGACGGACGCAAGGCGUCCGCCCCCAGGAAAAGGUUUGCGCUCCACCGAAUCCUCCUCCACCUCAUCGAACUUUUCGAACUUACCAUCAUCUCCCCGUUCAGACGGGCGGAGUUUAUCUGGGCAAUUUUCGAUGCGUGUUUGGUUAAGGAGCCUCUCUGCAAACAAACCCGACGCGCAGCAACCGCACCCUGGGCUACUGCAUCCUUUGGUCGCCCUUCAAAUCCUAGGGAGCCCACAGUUCAACGACACCUUGUUGACUUCUUUUUUGGAUGUUUUCGUCCUACAUCAAUCGUCCAUUACGGGUGGGAGAUCUGAUGAGGGCUCUGGGGCCCCGCGCUACGGGGAUCCGCUCUCAGGCGACCGGGCAAGGUCCAUUUCGGAAACCUUCCCAGUGAACAUCACGCACGUUGAAAGCGAUGUUUUCCACGUUAUAGUCGAUGCAUCGCACCCUUCCCCAGUUCAACACCUCCUGGAUCUAUGGAAAGGCAGCUGCUUUAGCGAUCUCGAUGGUUCUGAAUUUUUCUUAACGCCGUUGAUCGAGGCGGAUGGGUUUGCUUCGGGCACGACGAGGCCGCCUUCGCUGCUGGACAGGUCGUCCAUGCGGGCGGUGCAGCGAACGACGGAAUCGGGUGAUGGUGAUCGGAAAGUUGCCGCGCAAGCGAACCCUCAGAAGCCAUGUCUGAUAAAAGGAGCAAUUUUGAAUAGUAUGAGCAGCCCGAAAGAGCGUAUGCACAUCUCGCGCUGCUUAUCGGUAUCCUAUUCACCCCCUCUACUCGACAACACAGUUACUUUUUAUGGCUCUCCCGCGACGUGGUAUCGGAAUUUCCGUAUCCAACGCGAAGCUCAGCAGACGCCGCGCAAGGAAUGCGAGCCCGCCAUCUCCUUUGUGAUGGAUUCCGAUAGCCAAAGGGUGGAGUACUGGAAGAGGUACUGCACCGCAACCGCAUUGUAUCUUGCCAUGGUGCGUGCCGGCGUAUGCGAGGGCGACGGCCUGCCGUUUCUCGCGAUUCAGCUGAUGAGCUGGCGUGAUUUACUCGCUGAAUCGGAACUUCGAACUCAGCUGAAGCGACUGGAGGGAACUCAGCAGGAUGCCCUCGCACAUUUUAUGUUAAAGCGGUGGAAGGAGUGCCCUGAUGAACAGAUCCUAGUAGCCAUUACGCUUCCUGUUCCCCUAAAAGGAAAUGUAAGGCCCCUAUCCGUCGCUGUUCGCGAAGCUGGAUAUUUUAGCCGGGAAAUAGUUCCACCUCCCCCUGUGAUGACUUCACAUCAGCCCUUCACGGAUUCUGAGGUGUUUCAGCUUUUUUAUAUCCAACUGGUUUUUCGCGCAUUUCUUGAUAUCCGCUUUCCCUCCCUGGGCGGCGGCGGUGGUGAUACGACGCGCCGCGAUGAGUCUGAUUCAUGUUCUUUCAGGCGACUUCGGCCCGAUCGCGUAGGAGUUCACUACCAUGCAAAGCAGGGGGUUGCAUUUAAGCAUCCUGAAAUAUCAGAUUUGUGGCUCUUCUUCCCGGAGCGUUCACGGACGUUGGUGUUUUUGGAUAUGAAGCGAGCAGUGAUCCCGCUCUACGCCACCAGUGAGGAGCUGGAGGAAACCACCCGGCUCCCCCUUUUCGGUGCCACGUCGGAGACCCUCUGCCUGACGAAGUUUGGUUACUCCAUCGUCGCAUGGGCAGCCACGCAAACUGUGGAUUCUCCGCGAACAGCUACCGCUAUUUUACAUGAAUUAUUCAAUCAGUUUAGCCCAAGAUACGGAUGUCAUCGUGAGACCGUCUGGAGGGCACCUGUCCCUCCCCGAAUUUAUCGAUGCUCUGCGAAGACCCUUGCGAAGAUGCAGGGAGCGAACUUACACUUUGCCGAUUUUUUUGUAAAGGACGAGACACGAAAUGAAGCGACGCAUUUAAGCUGUGAUAAACCCUUUCAAGCCCCCAGCUUACAAGGGCAAACACCUAACAUACAAGCAGAUGACCGUGUGGAUCACGAUAUGGCUUUCAGGGAUUCAAAAGAACCUUUGCCCUCAAUAGAUGACAGGAACAACUUUUCACCGCUUAAGCCGGAUGCGAGGCAACAAAUGGAGUGGAUUGGUCAUGAGGACGAACAGAUCAGUAAGCAGAUGUUUGACCUUUCAUUGAAAGGAGAUGCAUUCGAUAGGGCUUUACUCACCCCGAGUGAUCUAAUUAUACGUGGAAAAGAUGCAGAAGCCUCAGACGGGGGUGCUUUUAUUGAAUCGCAGCGCUCUCCCACCGUCAUGGGUGCGAUAGCUGCUUCCAUCCCGCAGGAGAGCGUAAUUUCGCGCUGUCGGCGAUAUGCGCGGGAGGGGUGUGUUUCCAUCUUCUAUGGACCUAUCACUCACAUCCAGAUAUCCACGCAGCUUGGCAGGGGCGGAAGCAGCGUUGUGUUUCGUGGGUUUUAUCACCGUCAGGAUUUCCCCGUGGCGAUUAAAGUAUUCGUCAUGCCGGACGGCGUAUCCCACGAGGCGUACGUGCAUGAAUCGCUCACAGAUGUUUUUUUUCUUGCCUUAUUGAACCAGCUGGAGGAUCAAAAAGUCAUGAAAACGUGCAGAAUGCAUGACUUUGUCAUCAGCGAGGUUCCACCAAAAGGGUUGGGCGUGGAAGAUCUGCGCGCGAUCUGCCGCGGCGGGGAUUUGCGCACGACAAAGCUAUGCUACCUUGUCAUCGAUUUAAUGGACGGCACCCUCGGCCGAUUUCUGAGCGAGCAGGAUGACGGCUACGAUCCUUUUUACGAUACGCUCGAAAACAGCGCCCUGCGGGAGGCGGAGUUGUUUCAGUUUCUCUACACCCAGCUCAUUAUGAAGUACAUCUUCGACUGGAAGGUGCUUGAUGUCAUGCUGAAUGGGCAGCUCCGAGGGGAUAAUAUCGGAUUUCGCUACGUUUCUUCACCUAAAGGGGGGAAACCCUCAGAUUCACUUCAUUCUGCGUCCUAUCAAGGCAUCCUCGUGGCGUAUCAGAUGUUUCCAAACGCAGAAAUUCGCUACCUGCGCUUCUCGGCAGAUCUCGAGGCCAACACAACGACCAUUUCGGAGCCGCUGCGCUUUAUUUUGUUCUUUGACGUUGCGCAGGGCAUCCAGCCAGACAUCGCGAAGCUUGUGGAGGGAAAUCUUAUUGGGGAGAGUGUACUAAGCUCGUGUUUAGAGGAUGACGGCCUUGGACGAUAUUGGCCUCUCGACCAGCUUUAUUGCCGCAACGUAGCGGUGAGCGGAGCGUUGAGUGAGGAGGUGGUUGCUUGGGGAAGCAGGUUGCGCAUCAAUACGAAAUCGGACGCAUUUGAUGCGCUCAACAAGCUUUUCGAUCUUUACUAUCCGAAGUACGGGAUUGAUGAACCGACGGAAGAGAUGCGGCGCACACACGUCUUGUACGAAUGGAAUGCGGAGGUAAUUUCCAAUUUGAGCUCCUUCCACCUUUUUCUUCCGGAUGAUUCACGCUCUCCCCAUGGCAUCUGUGGUGUGGGAACGCUUUGA